CGCCUGGUAAAAGAGUACCACUUCAACGAAGAAUUUUGCCACGAAAACAUGCAAUCAGUACGACGGUGGCUUGUUGAUAUUGUAGCAAAAAACCUUAAAGAACCCAAGGGGCUCGGUGGAUUGAUUGUACUGAAUAAACUAAAAACCCACAAUGAAAUACUGGAGCACCAGGCAGUGGAAACACUUGGUAUUCAGCCCAACCACAGAAUCCUAGAAGUUGGUUUUGGCCCUGGGGUUGGUCUUGCAGCUGCUCUAAGAAGGGUGAAGGAAGGGAGCGGGAAAGUGUAUGGUGUGGACAUUUCUAGUAUUGUGUUAUCGUUGACCAAUCAAGCAUUUGCCACAGAAAUCAAGUCAGGAAAACUGGAAAUUGUACAAGCUGACGUAAUCAACCUUCCUUAUGGGAAAAACUUCUUUGAUGGCAUAUUUCACACUAAUUGUUAUUAUUUCUGGCCUGAUAUUCCACUGGCAAUAAGAGAACUUAAUCGAGUAUUAAAGCCUGGGGGUGUCAUGGUAACAACACUAGCCCCUGAACGCUUGCAAAAAGUCACUGAUGAAGGAUAUUUCAAGUACGCAAGUUCUUGGCAUAUGGAUGAUUAUACCAACGCAUUGGAAAAUGGAGGAUUUGAGGAUAUUAUAAACACUGUAGAUGAUAGGAAAAUGACCGCAAAAAUAAACAUUAUUUCUGCAUCAAAGAAAACUCAAAAGUGAUAAUAAUAAUAAACUAUAAUAUUUAUCCUAA